AUCAGUUUUGGUCUUAUUACCAAAAAACCGUGUUGUGUAUACACUAUAAUUUUUUAAUAGUGAUUUAAGUGAGGAAAUUUUAACAAAAUGCAAUCUGAAACUGAAAUGAAAGAGAGAGGUGCACCGCCUCCAUACUCCGACCCUCCACAAAACCCGGCACCACAAGUAAUUCCUCAACCAGUGAUAGUAGGAACCGCGGUGGCAUAUCCUGGUGCCACUGUAGUACCAGGAGUCACCACCACCAUGGUGAUAGGGAACCAAAUGGGCGCAUCACCAUCGCUUUAUAUAUGCAAAUCAUGCAACAAUCAAAUAAUAACGAGGGUUGAAAGGAAGCCAUCACUUAGGACACAUCUAUUUGCCUUGUUAUUGUGUGUUGUUGGAUGCUGGCCACUCGUAUGUUUACCUUACUGCGUGGAUUCAUGUAACAAUGCUGACCAUUACUGUCCCAAUUGCAACUCCUACCUCGGAUCUUACUUAGGCUAACGAUUUGGGAUUACUAUUUGGUUAGGUUUGAUAUAACUUAAUACAGAUAGACGAUGUUUUAAGUGAUGUUUAACGCGGUUUAGUAACGUGACUGUUACUAUGCACGUUUGAGCAAUACGUAACUAUUGAUUGUUUAAGAAUCUAAGAAUACAUACAAAGGAUGGUAAUGUGAUUAUAUACAAGUUAUUCGAUAGUUGAAACUGUAUAAUUUAUU